CGGCGGUGACAAGGGACUUUUUUUUGUUAGGUUCAGUACGAACGGUUGAAUAGGGAGAUCGGACAUUGUAAUAAACAGGGACACGGAAAUAAGGGUUAGAUCGGAUGUAUAUCGUAUAUAAAAAAUUUUAUUUUGUUUACGAGGUCGCUUCAGAAAAGGUAUGAUUAAAGCUAUUGUGUAGCUUCCGUUAGUGCUAACAUACAGUAAAGCAGCUGCAGUUACAGGAAAUAUGGAGUCCUGCUUGAAUUACAAACCCGAAAGAGUGGGCUCGGUAACUGUUGAAGACCUGAGAAAAGACCUUUUCUCUGAAUUCUCCAAAAUACCUGCAUCUCAGGAUCCUGUAUUCGUGGAGAAGGAACACUUGCAGGUCUACUUACGGAUACGUCCUUUGACCUCCAGCGAAAGUGAAUUUAAUGAAUCACAGGAUUGUGUUUCAGUCGAGCCCCCAGACACUGUGGUUUUAAAAGCCCCGAGAUUAUCACUGACAGCUAGACAGAGUGAAAAACUGGGACCCCAACUUGCACAGCGAUUCCAGUUUUCAAAGGUGUUUGGGCCGGAAACGACACAAAGGCAAAUAUUUGAUGGAACAACAAAAGCUCUUGUAAAGAACGUCCUGGGGGGAGAAAAUUCUUUAAUCUUCACAUACGGUGUAACCAAUGCUGGGAAGACGUUCACGUUUUUGGGUCCUGAGAGUGAUGGAGGAAUUCUGCCCAGGUCACUGAAUGUGAUCUUUAACAGCAUUGUGGGGCGAGUUUAUGAACAGAACAACAUUAAACCCCACCGUUGCGUCGACUACACCAGAUUGACCAGAGACCAGCAGGAAGAAGAUGCCAAGAUCAAGAAAAACCUUUUACGAAGAUUUAAAGAGAGUGAUUUGCAAAAAAGCUCCUCCAGCAUUUCAAAUUCAGCUUGCAGCACCUUGCUUGAGGGUUCAAGUUUUGGUGAGUUGGAUGAAGACAGUCUUUGUUUGGAGGAAGAUUCCAAUGUAAAAUUCUCAGUGUGGGUUUCCUUCUGCGAGAUCUACAACGAGAACAUUCACGACCUGCUCGACUUUAUCUCAAAUACGUCCCACAGGAGGAGCGUACUGCGACUGUGUCAGGAUGUCAAAGGCAACUCAUUUGUCAAAGAUCUGACAUGGGUUCAGGUAAACAGUGCAGAUGAAGCUUACAAAGUUCUAAAGAUCGGAAGGAAAAACCAGAGCUUCUCAUCUACAAAGCUCAAUAGUGUUUCAAGCAGAAGCCAUAGUAUCUUCUCCAUCCGAAUUCUGAGAAUUGAAGAUAUGAGUGUGCCUCGAGUCCAGACGAUAAGCGAGUUGUCUCUGUGUGAUCUGGCCGGAUCAGAACGAUGUGCAAAAACCCAAAACAGAGGAGACCGCUUAAAAGAAGCCGGGAACAUUAACACAUCGUUGUUAACUUUAGGAAAAUGCAUGAAUGCCUUGAGACUGAGUCAGACCCAGUCAAAGUUCCAGCAGCAUAUCCCCUUUAGAGAAAGCAAACUCACUCACUACCUGCAGGGCUUCUUCUGCGGGCGCGGAAAAGCCUGCAUGAUCGUUAACAUCAACCAGUGUGCUUCAAUGUACGAUGAAACGCUGAACGUCCUCAAGUUCUCAGCUUUGGCUCAGAAGGUUGUAGUCUUGAACCCCAAACCAGUCUUAAGUGUAGUGCCCAAGAAAUCUGCCAGGGAAGUCUCCAUGAUGAUCAACAAUGUGGACAAGAGAGAGUGGACCAGGAGAAGCACCUUGAUUGGGUGGGAGACAAGCCUGGAGGAUGUGCUAGAGGAUGAGGAUGAUGAAGAAAUGGAUGUAGAUGAGGAGGAAGAAGAGGAAAGUGCUGAGGAGAGCAUGGCGGAAAAAACUGUGCUAGAAGCUGCAGAAGAUGAACAGCUGGGUGAGCUACAGCAGAAGAUUAAAGAGCUUAAAGAAGAACUCGCCAAGGAGCAAUCUGAAAAACUGGCCAUAGAAUCUCGAAUCCGGGAAGAGGUUACCACAGAGUUCAUGGAGCUGUUUUCCAAUAUGGAAAAGGAUUACAACGAACGUCUUCAGAGAGAGAAGGAAAUAGCUGAAGAAAGAGCUGAGAGGAGAUUAGAAAUACUUAAGAAUUUAGUCAACAAAAACGACACAGAGACGGCAACCACGACUUCUGCUGAGGAGGGAAAUAAGGAGGCUAAAACGGUAUUCUUGGCUGGAAUGAUUGAAGAGAUGCAGAAUGACCUGGUUAACAUAAGGAGAGAUGCUGAGGCAGCGCAGUCUUGUCUGGAGAGUAGGGGGCAUUCUCCCGGAGACGUCAGCACGCUAAAGACACAGCUAGAGGAGAUGGCAGAAGAGCUUCUUAAAAACCGCCAGCUCCUGGAUAAUAAAACUAAGGAAAUGAAAGAAGUGCAGGUUUGUUUACAGAAUUCUAAUGACCAGCUGCUGGAAGUUAAAAAGGAUUAUGAAAAUCAAAAGCUGAGGAAUCAGCAACUUAUGGAAAUGUGUGAAGAAAAAGAUGAAAUGAUCUCCAAGCUUCAGACUGCUUUGGAUCAAAACAUUGAAGCUGCUGAUGAAGAUAGAGCCUACAUCAACACUAUUAAAGAGGAAAUCUUAAACUAUAGAAAUAACUGCAAGUGUAUGCUCAAUGAUGGUGAAGAGAAGAGCAAAGACCAGAAAAUUCAACAUCUUGCAGAAACUCUCAAAGAGAAAAAUGACUUGUUGGCCGAGCUCGAGCGUGAACGGCAUUCUCUUGAUGAAAAUUUGAAGAAGCUCACCGAAGAUCUAGAAAAACAAGCUCAUGAAUGUGAAUCUGCUUUCUCUUUACUUGAUUUAGAAAAAGCGUCUACGACUAAACUGAAAAUUGAGAGCAAAGCACUUGCCCGUGAGCUCAGUGAUUUCCAGCAAGCAGCCACUGACAUGAAGUCCAGGCUCAUAGCCAUGGAAGCCGAAUUAAGUGUUAAGACCAUGGAGGCAGCCAAGCUUUCUGAGGAGCUCCAAAAAGCUAAAGCUCUUCUCCAAAAGUAUGAAAACGAGGCAACUGAGCAAUCCCAGAUGAUCAAAUCCCUGAAGCUGGAGAAUGAGAACUUGCACCAGAAACUCAAUUCCAAAGAGCUUUUAGAAGAACAAACAAACAAGUGUGCCUUCCAGGAAACCAUCACAGCUCUCCGUAGAGAAUGCGAGACCAUGAUGACCGCCUCUCAGGAGAAAAGCAGGAGGAUCACAGCCCUGGAGGAGGAAGUCAGUCAGGUGAAAAAGGAAAUGAGCCAGCAGCAGACUCUGUGCAAUCAGCUUGAGCAAGAGCUAGGUGCUCAGAGAAAGGAGCAUGAACAUCUGCUCGGUAGCUAUGAAGCAGAGAGGCUGAUUGUGGAGCAGAUGCCGAGACGUCAUUCUGAACUGGAGACAGAGCUGCAUGGGGUUAGACAGCAGUUGGGUGUCCUGGAGAAGCAACAGCAGGCCUUUAAACACCACUCUGAGAGAGUUAAAGAGCUAGAGAAGAAGCUGGAAGAGAAAGAGGCUAAUUGUGCAGAUCUGGAGCAGAGACUUCAUCUGACUCAGAACAAACUGGACCAGGCGGAGGAGAGCGGUAGAUGUCUGGAGAGCGCUCUUAAAAAAAGGAGAAAGGAUGUGGAGAGUAGCCUUGUUCAAAAGAAUGCAGAGCUGGAGAAUAAAACUCAGGAACUAUUGCAAUCGAGAAAACAGGUAAAUGAAGCACUGGAGACAAUUAAGACGUUAAAUCUUGAUCUGGAACAGAAAGAGAAACGUAUCGCUGAUCUGCUUUCUCAGCUGAAAGAAAGCAAUGCUGAAACUGAGCAGCUGCAAAAACAGGUUGUGUCUUUGUCUGAAGAAGUCAGAACACUGCAACAGAAGCUGUGCGAUUUGGAGAAAGACAAGGAUCGAGCUCUGAACGCCGUCGCCAAGAAAGCGAAGAUUAUCGAACAACUGAAGACUGAACAAGCCAACAAAGCUGACUAUGAUACUCAAGAGCUUCUGGCCAAGGAAAAGCUCAUUGAAGAAAUGCGCCUCACCCUGUCAGACGAAAAGCGGUCACGCACAGAACAAGAGCAACUUCUGGAAGCCAGACUCAAUGAGAUUAAAUCGCUAAGUGGAGAACUUGUGAAGCUGAAAGAGAGCUGUCAAAGAAACAGUGGGAGUCAAGGCGUAUCUGAUCCUUCACACCAGGAGAAGCAACAAACUGAAAAAACGUCCAAGGUUUUGAUACAGCCUUCAGUGCACGAGUCCUCAGUGCUCUCCACCGAGAGCGAAAAAGAAAAACGCUUUCCCAAACCCGAGCUGGAGAUCAGCUUCACCCCUCUCAAACCUGACCGCUUGAACGUCCGCAGGCCUGGAGAUGAGGAGUCAGUCACAGUCAAAAUCAAGCGCACGGCCAGGAAGAGGAAGAGUACUGAGAUUGAGAACUUGUUGGAGUCAGAGAACAGGAAGAACAUGCGGCUGAGAGGAAAUCACAGGACUAAUAUACAUUGUGUUGAGUCCCCCACAGUGCUCCCUAAAAAGGCCAAUCAAUCGAAGCCAAAUGAUUCUCCCAUUAGUCUGAAAGGCAGGAAGGACGGAACUCUGCAGAAGAUUGGCGACUUCAUCCAAAGUUCUCCGACCCUCCUGGGGAGUAAAGCUAAAAAGAUCAUGGCAAAGGUUGCUUUAAAAUCUCCAGCGCCAGAAAACACAGAGACAAGCAACAAACCCAAGAGACCGAAGCGCAAGCUGUUUAAGACGCAGAUCUCAUCCCCUCUGGACAUUCCAUCACAUCCGAACAUCAUAAUCAAUCAAGACAACAAAGAAAGCGAUCAUCUCAUUAUUAAAAGAAAACUUAGAACAAGAACUGCGAAAAUAGUUCACCCACAAGCAGAUUUCUGGUAGGGUAACCUUUAUUUGCAUGUGGUGAACUUCUGCUGGAUGUUUUAGUAAAGAGGGAGCUCUGAUCUAUAAUAUUUUGUGCAUAUUUCUGUAAAUAUGUGAUUUUAAUUUUUUUAUUUUUGUGUGUAUGUACAGUAUAUGCUUCAUAGAUGGUCGAUCUUGAAUACUGCACUGUUCUACAGUACAAAAAUGUUUUCUAUUUUUCUUUACAUCGUUUUUUUUUAAUGAAGUUAAAUAAGUUGUUUACAAUAGUAAACAAAUUGUAUUGUAUUUCAAAAUGUCAUCAUCGGCUCAGGUGCUCUUGUGGGAUUUGGAUUGUGGUCUUUUGUGGUUAGUUCUGUAAUAGACUCUGAUCAGGCCAAAACAAAACCAUUAAAGCAGUCUCAUGAAAAUGA